AUGUCUGGUUUGUUGGGUUGUCCGGUGGCUGACACAACAAGUUCAAACAACUCUGGUGGCCUAAGACGUAGAUAUCGAUUUUUACGUGAUGCUACUGAGGCAGUAACUCAAUCAAAUUCUGAGGAUGUUGAUAUUGUCAUUCUUCCACCUUCUACAGGCGAUCAAGCUAUCGAAAGUGAUGAAGAGACUGAAGAUGACGCACUUGAUCAGGAUUAUGUGCCGGAGGAAGUUAGCGGAGAGCUUGAAGUCCAUGACAAUACCGCUGAGGAUGAAGAAGAAAGCAACGGCAACAUAGAAGCCGGGGCAAGAGGAAGAUGGCGUAAAAAGGAAAAUGUCUCGUUUGGUCCUCACUCAAUUCCUCCAAGUGUUACUGAUGUGCAUUUAGGAAAGGAAAUGUUUGAAAUUUUCAAACUUUUCUUCACAGAUGAAAUCAUAAGUCACCUAACAGAACAAACAAAUUUGUAUGCUCAUCGAGAGAAAAACAACAAAGACUUCUGUGUUGAUGAGAAUGACAUGAUGAAGUUUUUGGGACUUCUCUUGAUCAGUGGAUAUCACAGUGUUCCCUCUGAAAAUGACUACUGGUCAUCAAGUGAAGACUUGGAAAUACCAAUAUUCGCCAAGACUAUGUGCAGAGAAAGGUUCAAAUCCAUCAAGAGACUUGGAGACUUCCUCAACAUCAACACAACUACUCCAGGUGUGCAGUUUGUCUCAGGACCACAGGUAAGUCAAUCUCCUCCCAAGGCCCAAGGAGCUCAGGAGGAAAAUGAGUCUCUUCACUUCUAA